AUGGAAAAAAUUAUUUGGAUUGCGAAUAAAAUAAAAGACAAGAGAAGGAGGCCGUUUGGUCCACCCAUAAGAAACACAAAUCUAAAAAGAAGAGCCAUACUGAAGAACGGAGAAUAUAACAUUCUUCCUCCGAAAUUUCCUAGAAGGUACAUCCACUACGUCCACGAUAUCUUUACCAGUUUGGUCGACGCAGAAUGGAAGUGGACCCUACAAGUACUGGGAAUAGGCUUCACGGGAGGCUGGUUGAUAUUCUCUUUGAUAUGGUGGCUUAUAGCAUUUGUCCACAAGGACCUGCAUGAGGAUCACUUGCCUUCCAGACAGGUAGAGACAGGUUGGACACCCUGCGUUCUGAACAUCCACGGUUUUCCUUCCUGCUUCCUAUUUUCUUUGGAAACUCAGCACACCACAGGUUACGGUUUGAGAGUCAUCACGGAAGAAUGCCCAGAAGCGAUCUUCAUCAUGUGCUGUCAGUGCAUCAUCGGUAUGAUAAUAGACGGAUUUACUGUGGGGGUGGUCAUAGCCAAGCUGAUGAGACCACGACUGACGAAUUUCACGAUUCAGUUCAGUCGAAAUGCAGUGGUCGCACCAAGAAACGGAGAGUUGUGCAUGAUGUUCAGAGCUGGGGAUCUGAGGAUGGCUCCACUUGUAGGAGCCAGCAUAAGAGCCAUACUCAUACACAACAGAAAAACGAAGGAAGGGGAAAAACUAAAAUUCUUCGAAACCGAUCUUGAAGUUGAAGUAGACAGUGCCGGUAGCGAUUUAUUUUUUCUGUGGCCAAUAACAAUAGUACACAGAAUCAACGAGGACUCGCCGUUUUAUCAGUUGUCUGCUGCCGAUAUGCUACGAUGCAAAUUCGAAAUUAUCCUGAUACUAGAGGGUACCAUCGAGAGUACCGGACAAGGAACUAACGCGCAAACAAGCUACUUGGCCAAUGAAAUCCUAUGGGGACACAGGUUUGACACCAUGGUAUGCUUUAAUGAUGAACAUCAGUGCUACGAGGCGAAUUAUGAUAAGUUUGAGAAAACCCUGCAAAUACAGAUGCCCAUGUGUUCCGCUGCCGAUCUUAAAGAUAGAGGUUCACAAAAUUUGGAAGAAACCAUUAAACCUGCUACCGAAAUAUCAGAAGAGGACAAAGAAUCCCUCGAACUUCCUUACACACCCAAUCGCAGGAAAAAUGAACAGAGGAAUGGUGAAGACACUGUUACCAAAUAUGUUCCAAAAGAACCCCAACAACGUUCCGUACCUUCAGGAUCACCCCCAAGGUACACAUCUAGCGAAACUCGCCAUAGAACGCUAUCCCUUCAAAAUGAAUCGCAUAGACCUAAUGAGUAUGCAGAAGACCAUUCACCAAGACCACUGUUUGAACAAUACCCUUCAAGAAGACAUACGAUUGAACUGGAUGGCUCCAUUCAAAGACCAAAAUUGAUUAAACCGUCGGCAAGUCGUUACAAGUAUACGCACUAUACACAGUAUGAAAAUAUUCCUGAGGAGGAAGAAAGAAGCGAAACACCUCCGUUUCCUAUUAGUUGGGUUUAG